UGCUAGGCACACACUGAUAGUGGUAGGGCACCAGGACACAUUGUGCGGUGUCAAAGGGAGUGACAUGCGCUGUAUGGUGGAGGAUGCGAUGGCGCGGAAGGUGGUGUACAAUGCUCAGGAGGUGCUUCUGGCUAUUAAGAAAGGGCACGACCAACUACAGAGGACUGUAGAGGGUUCACAUUGUGCAGAGAGCAUCGUUUCAAUUGGCAACGGUGCAAGUGGUGCUCAUGCCCCCUCAUUGUCACUCGAUGAGGACGAUGUAGACGACUGGGAGGCACGCGAUGAUAGUUCUGAAGAUGUUGACAGCUGGGAAAGCCGUGCUUGAAAGCAAGCAAUGUAAGAUACUGUCACAUCAGUAUGCAGGAAGGCCGCGGCUGCAAGUGUUGGUUUAAAUAGAUACAAUCCCAGAGACUCCGCAUAUGUCAUCACAAGACUGUAAUAUAGUAAACUACUGGAAGCAAUGCGAUGGCAGUGGCACUGGUGGGCCUAUCUCUAGAAGCCUGACUUUGGUUGCCCAAAUUAAUGUCCAUAGCAGAAUGAAUUUAAGUCAGAACAUUGCGAGCCUACCUCUGAAGUUCGAUUAUUCGAAGCUGCAUUCUCCGACUACCUUCUAGAUUUGUUGUUGUGUGAAGCACUAAAUGCAAACACAUAUGUGGAUAUGAGAUUGUUGCUUCGCGAAAAGACCUUGCUCUCUCAAAGCAUCUGAGUACUUCCAUUUCAGUCGAUGAUUGUUUUUCGGGCAUCACAAUGCGGCUAGGCUGUACUUAUCCGACAUUGACGUUGGAAAUAGUAUUUCGGGUUGCAUACUCUGCAGCUUUUGCUAAAUAAAGGGACAUCCUAC